CACACACACACACACACAAAACCCACGGCCUAUAUCUAUAGUUACAGAUUCUAUAGAUUAGAUCAAACAGAGGAGGAUGCAACAACACGUACAACACUGACACUGAAUGAAGGUUGAUUAUAAUCUUAAUCUUGCCAUUGUCAUGACAGACAAAAACUCACAGUGUUCUCUUGUGCCAAAAAUCGUUCUCUUAACUCAAAGGCCUUUUUCAGCAUAGAUUACAGUCACAGCUUGAUGUAGAAAAGUAUCUGCGCAAAGGCAAAGCCCUUUUUCAGCAUAAUUAAUAACUGUGAUACCUUGUGGACGGAAAGUGUUUUCUAAAGAUUGCAUGCAGUGAUAACUUGAUGAAGAAAAGUGUCCGCGAAUAGGAAAAGAUCUUUUCAGCAUAAUUAAUUCACUACAGUGAUAACUUAAUGUACGACAGUGUUCGUCAAUAGACAGGUGUUGUGUUUGUUUCUGUUUGAGCAAAGAGGAGCACAUCGACUCAAUAAUCGUCAUUUUGGACUAGGGAGAAGUAAGACAAACAGACAGAAACAACAGAGAGGGAAAGUUAAGAAGUAGGACCAACCAGGGACGCCCUCCAACCACCCACAGACAAGUGUCGAUACAAGGCUCUGAGGAUGACUCUACUUCACAAACGUCUGUGUUGGAGAUCAAGUAUUGCCGCUCUAGUGCUAGGGCUAUGUGUGUACGUGACGUCAUACAGCACAGAUGCCUGGGUGUUGUGGUCCAAUCAAAUUUCAGAUUUCCAAGAUGGUCUCUUCAGAACUUGUUCCCGUCUAAAGGAGCCCGGCACAGGUUGGCAUUGCCACACGAUUCAAAACAGCACAGUUAUCAUAGGCACAGCCGGGGGAGCAAAUUUUGUAGGCAGAAGCUCCGAGGAUCUCGCCUCUACACGGAUCGGCUGGUCGGCCAUCUUGUUUUUCGUGAGCCCCGCCCUGCUGACAACCGGGGCGAUCCUUCAGCUGCUCAGCUCCAAGCCAUCCUCUGUUAAUGAUGAGAGUAGUGUGCUGUUGUAUUCUGCUUCAGUCAGACUAGACACUGGUCCCUGAAAUGUUGCCCAAAGGUCAAAUGCAUGAUGAGAUCGGAUCGGAUGGGGUUCGGUCCAAUAAUGGCUAUGGCAGUGCACACUCUGAAGUUUCAGUCAGCAGACCCAGACAGCUGCUUUGUCUCAUCAAAUUAAACCGGAAGACGACUGGUGUUUCUCGUAUUCCGCGUGCAAACCAAGGAGUUUAAAAGUAAGUUCUAAACUCCUUGGUGCAAACAAAAGUUCUGACCUUGACCCCGCAAUGUCCUGACACGAACUAGCCUUGUGAUUGGCUGUCAGUCAAUUUCCAUCCAAUUAACACGGUCAUAAGCCUGCUUGGGAAAGCAAGCAUGUUGUUUGGGCUCGGAGGAAUUGAUAAAAUCGUGGGAUUUUCAAA